AUGAAGAGCCAAGUCUUCGUUCUCGGUCCAGGUUAUGUCGGUCGCGAAAUUAUCGACCUUCUUCUGUCGGAAGGUCAAUAUGAAAUCACAACCCUGGUGCGACGGGAAGCCGCCGUCGAGGAAUUUGAGAAAGACGGAGUCAAAGCGGUUCUCGGUGAUUUGAAUGACUUCAAAGUCAUCCAGCAACUGAGCGCCAAGAGCGAUGUAGUUUUUCACACAGCUACCGCCGACCAUUUGGAAUCUGCCCAGGCAAUCUUGGCCGGAAUUGAGGAACGCGCCGGUCAAGGUAUGUACACCAUGGACCGAGUCCUGACAUGGUACGCUACCGGUAGAACCAACGUUGACAUGGUGUCAUGUAUAGGAAAGAAAUCUAUCUAUCUCCAUCAAAGCGGAGCCAGUGUUCUGAGCGAUACAUCACCUGGAAAUAAUGUCAACGAUGAAAUCUAUUCCGACAAAACGCCGUCUCAAAUUGAUUCGUUGUCGGACACGGCGCCUCAUCGAAAAAUUGAUCUUGCUAUUUUAAAAGCCCGCGAAAAGAUGGGCAACAAGGCCAGAAUAUUUAUCUGGAUGCCUCCCAUCAUUUACGGCAGCAAUAGCAAGCACAAGCGUCUUUCAAUCCAGAUUCCAGCCUUGACUCGAUUUGCCUGCAAACACGGGCAAGCCGGCUACGUCGGCACUGGCAAAAAGGCCUGGGGUGUAGUACAUGUCCGUGAUCUGGCCAAGGCCUACGUCCAAGUCCUUCACUGGAUUGAGGGCGCUGCAGAUUCCGACCCCGAGCUCCAAAAUCCCUACUUCUUCUGCGAAAGCGGCCAAGUUACAUGGGCUGAAGUCGGCGCUAUUAUUGGGAAGGGCCUCUACAAGGCGAGUCGAAUUACCACGCCCGACACCCGCUCUAUUCCGGAGUCUGAGUACGUCGACUUGUUUGGUCAAUUCACGCCGGAUGUCGUGGGAUGCAGCUGCAGAAAUAGGGCUGAUAGGUUGCGGUCCAUGGGGUGGAAGCCUGAGCAGUUGGGGAUUGGAGAGGCAUUUGAGAAGGAGGACCUCCCGGCCUUGUUGGCUGAGAAGGGGGAGUUCAAGGCCUCUGAAAUGGCAUUGUCUUGA